AUCAUGUUUGACUAAGAAUCUCCGAGUUGUCUGUCAUUUCUGUUUUAACAAAAACUAAUUUCAUAAAUGUGGCUCUUCUCCUUUUUGCUGUUGCAAGUUCCACUGGUUUUGCUUGAAAAUAUAACCACAAGUGAUCAGUAUCCGGAACCAGCUUAUAGCCAUCUUAGUUCGUAUCUAGUUUCGUUGCGGACCCGCAAGUAUAUUCACAUUCCUGGAGACAAUCACUUCUGUACUGGAGUGAUCCUAACCAGUCGUCAUGUGCUUACCUCAGCACAUUGCAUCACAGAUAAAAAAGGUAUGAUGAUGAACCCAAAGCGGAUUGUGGUGGCCCUCUGCGCGGCUGUCUUCAAAAGCCCAGAGCCAGAGGAGUUUCUGGUUGAGAUUCAGAGCAUGGCUAUCCAUCCUUAUUAUAGUAGAAACAAGCAAGAUGACAUAGCAGUUAUCAAGCUGAAGAGGACUAUCAAAUUUGAUGGCUAUCAUCUGGCAAGAGCUGUCAUUGGAAAUGCAUCUCUGGAGGUGGGCAAUGACUGCAAGACCGUUGGAGGAAACUUUGGCAUACGAAGACAGAGAUUUGGAUCAUUUCAUAAUAUGUUAUUUGUUAAUGUGGAACUGCGACCAUUUGCGGAGUGUCUGAAUGCCAAGAAAGAUCUGAGGGAGACUGUGGAGGACAAUGCAGAUCUGAUUUGUGUCAAGUCUUUGGAACACCUUGUUUGCACCACCGAUUUCGGUGGUCCACUAUUCUGCGAUGGCCAGCUCUAUGGGAUUGCCCUGGGCGCCGUUAAUUGCUCGAGUCCGGAUCCGGUUUUCUUCAGCGACGUGUCUUUCUACACCAGCUGGAUGCGGAAAAUGAUAUCUCAGGGAGUGGAGCUGCGGCCACAUUAUAAAUGGAUAUUUUCCUCCGCUUUUCUCAUCUGUUUUUGGGCAACUUUCACCUGCGGCAGCCAGUGGAUAUCAAAGUCUCUCGAAAAAGGAAAAAUUACCAGCCUCUAAGCCUGCGAUUAAUGAAAAAUUGAGGAAAACCCUUGGAAACUUUCGCCUGCUAUGCACCUGUGUGCCACGUGUGGCAAAUGUCACGUUCACUUUUCCCCCUGAAAAAAAACCACACUUUCCAUUCAACUCAACAAUAACAUUUUCGGUUGCUGCCUAACACUUUUGCACUUAUGCAUUAAUCACAGAGAAAACAAACUGCCGAAAAAACUUAAUAAAUUUUGAACAUAAAACAUGA